UGUCGUCCUUCUUCCCUCCCGUCUACCUUCCACCUUCCUUCUUUCCUUCCCUCCUUCUCCGACGAGUCGUUCUUCCUCCUCUGUGUUUAUGGAUUCUUAUUCUAUCAGAAGAUGCAGAAUCCCGUCUUUGGCUUCUCAUCUCGAUCAACGAGUCUCCCUUCUUCACCCCUCCCUUUUUCCCUUUUCGUCUUAUCGGUCGACGGCGCUGUCCAUACCGGAGAUAUGGGAUUGUUUGCAUAAGUAGCAGAGUGUAUUCGCUUUCUUCCGGUUUAAACUCUUCAAGAACGACAAGCAACAUUGAAUCAUCUUAAUCCAAGGGCAUUAUUCAACUACGAAACGUACUGAGAAAAAUCAGAAAGUUGGCAUCUGGUCUUUUUAGUUGCUUGUGAGCAAAUGUCAUGAAAUCAUCGUGAUAAGUUUGGUGACAUGACCCUUUCACGUGGACCUCAUCAACCCAAAAUGUCAGCUUCUUCAACAGGGAAGUCCUCUGGUUGGACUGCUUUUCACCAAAAGCAGCUGCAGGGGCAGGAUGUGGGGACUAAAUCAGAAGUUGAUAUCUAUCCACCUCUCCUAAGCUCAUCCUCAUCUACUCCUCCAUCUCGGUCAGGGACUCUUGCUAUUAGCUCAUUUAAAAAUAAGAAAUCUGAUAAAAAUGGAUUCUAUAAGCUCAACGAUCACUCAGCAACAAGCUCAUUCUCCUCUGCUGCGAAAAGUUCUUUAGAUGCUAUGCCAUUGAUUAAUCACUGCAAUAAUGGAGCAAUAGAUCCUUCUUUAAAUAAGCAUAUUAGCAAUGGCACGAUUAGAAGCAUGGCUACUGACGAGAAAGAAAGAGCUGAAAAGUUUGAAAAGCUGAGACAAAUUAACAGUUGGGCUGAUGAUACAUUGAUUCAGGAUAUACUAGCAGCUGUCGAUAAUAAUGAAGAUCGGGCUAGCAUGAUUUUAAGAAGGAUGGAUCUUUCUGCAAACCCUCUGUCCACAGACAAAGAAAAUAGCAAUAGCAAAAUGAACAUUACAGACCACGAGGAGAGAAACAGAACAGAAAGCAUUGAACAAUUGAAAGAAAGACACAUCUGGGCUGAUGAUGCUUUGAUAGAGGAUAUAUUAGUGUCUGUUGGUGGUAACAAAGAUCAAGCUAGCUUGAUUUUGGUAAGUAUGUGUCGUGCUGGGGCUGAAGCUGAAGAUUUUGGUGAUAACUGUGGUGACACGACCCUUUCAGGUGGACCUCGCCAACCCAAAAUAUCAGCUUGGUCAACAGGAAGCUCCUCUGGUUGGACUGCUUUUCACCAGAAGCACCCGCAAGGACAUAAUGUGGGAACUAAAUCAAAAGUUGAUAUCUACCCACCUCUCCUAACUUCAUCCUCAUCUACUCGUCCAUCUUGGUCAGGGACCCUUGCUUCUUGUUCAUCUAAAAAUCGGAAAUCUGAUAAAAAUGGAUUCUGUGACUAUAAGGUCAGUGAGUACCCGGCAACAAGCUCAUCCUCAAUUGUGAACAGUUCUUUAGUUGCUAUGCCAUUGAUUAAUAACUCCAAUAAUGGAGCAAUAGAUCCUUGUGUAAACAAGCAUAUUAGCAAUGGCACGAUUAGAAGCAGGGCUACCGAAGAGAAAAAAAGAGAUGAAAAGUUUUCAAAGCUGAGACAAAUUAAUAGUUGGGCUGAUGAUACCUUGAUUGAGGAUAUACUAGCAGCUGUUCAUAACAAUGAAGAACGGGCUAGCAUGAUUUUAAGAAGUAUGGAUCUUUAUGCAAGCUCUCCAUCCACAGACAAAGAACAUAGCAAUAGAGAAAUGAACAUUACUAACCAUGAGGAGAUAAACAGAGCUGAAAGCGUUGAACAACUGAAAGAAAGGCACAUCUGGGCUGACGAUGCUUUGAUAGAGGAUAUAUUAGUUGCUGUUGGUGGUAAUGAAGAUCAAGCUAGCUUGAUUUUGAUAAGUAUGUGUCCUACCGGGUAUGAAGCUGAAGAUUUUAGUGAUAAUUGUGGUGACACGACCCUUUCAGGUGAACCUUGUGAACCCAAAAUGUCAGCUUGGUCAACAGGAAGGUCCUCUGGUUGGACUGCUUUUCACCAAAAGCACCUGCAAGGACAUAAUGUGGGAACUAAAUCAAAAGUUGAUAUCUACCCACCUCUCAUAAGCUCAUCCUUAUCGAUCCCUCCAUCUCAGUCAGGGACCCUUGCUCCUUGCUCAUCUAAAAAUCAGAAGUCUGAUAAAAAUGGAAUCCGUGAUUAUAAGCUCAGCGAGUACCCGGCAACAAGCUCAUUCUCCUCAAUUGCAAACAGUUCUUUAGUUGCUAUGCCAUUGAUUGAUAACUCCAAUAUUGGAGCAAUAGAUCCUUCUGUAAAUAAGCAUAUUAGCAAUGGCACGAUUAGAAGCAGGGCUACCGAAGAGAAAAAAAGAGCUGAAAAGUUUGAAAAGCUUAGACAAAUUAAUAGUUGGGCUGAUGAUACCUUGAUUGAGGAUAUACUAGCAGCUGUCGAUAACAAUGAAGAUCGGGCUAGCAUGAUUUUAAGAAGUAUGGAUCUUUAUGCAAACUCUCCAUCCACAGACAAAGAACAUAGCAAUAGAGAAACCAACAUUACGAACCAUGAAGAGAUAAACAGAGCUGAAAGCAUUGAACAACUGAAAGAAAGGCACAUCUGGGCUGACAAUGCUUUGAUAGAGGAUAUAUUAGUUGCUGUUGGUGGUAAUGAAGAUCAAGCUAGCUUGAUUUUGAUAAGUAUGUGUCCUACCGGGUAUGAAGCUGAAGAUUUUGGUGAUAAUUUUGGUGACACGACCCUUUCAGGUGAACCUUGUGAACCCAAAAUGUCAGCUUGGUCAACAGGAAGGUCCUCUGGUUGGACUGCUUUUCACCAAAAGCAACUGCAAGGACAUAAUGUGAGAACUAAACCAAAAGUUGAUAUUUACCCACCUCUCAUAAGCUCAUCCUUAUCGAUCCCUCCAUCUCGGUCAGGGAUCCUUGGUCCUUGCCCAUCUAAAAAUCAGAAGUCUGAUAAAAAUGGAAUCCGUGAUUAUAAGAUCAGCGAGUACCCAGCAACAAGCUCAUUCUCUUCUAUUGUGAAAAGUUCUGUAGUCGCUAUGACAUUGACUGAUCAUUCCAAUAAUGGAGCAAUAGAUCUUUUGGCAAAUAAGCAUACACACAGUGGCAUGAUUGAAAAGCUGAGACAAAUUAACAGUUGGGCUGAUGAUACAUUGAUUGAGGAUAUACUAGCAGCUGUGGGUAACAAUGAAGAUCAGGCUAGCAUGAUUUUAAGAAGUAUGGAUCUUUCUGCAAAAUCACUGUCUACGGACAAAGAUAAUAGCAACGGCCAAAUGAACAUUAUGAAUUAUGAGGAAAGAAACAGAGCUAAAAGCAUUGCGCAACUGAAAAAAUUACACACCUGGGCGAAUGAUGCUUUAAUGGAGGAUAUAUUAUCAGCUGUUGGUGAUAAUGAAGAGCAAGCUAGCUUGCUUUUGAUAAGUAUGUGUCCUACGGGGUCUGAAGCUGAGGAAACAGCAAAACGAGAUGAUCUUGAGUGUUCUUCUGUAAAAAACUUAAAGGGGGUAAAUCAGCUUUCUGUUGAUGUAUACAGAAAAAAGGCUCCUUUGGUUGAGCCUGAGUGGGAACAAGAUGACAUUUAUUUAAGCCAUCGGAAGGAUGCAAUAAAGAUGAUGAGGUUGGCAUCACUCCAUUCACGGGGCGCUCGCAGUGCUUUUUCAGUAGGUGAUCAUUUCCAUGCACGCCAGCUUUCACAGAGAGCCAGAGGAGAAUGGCUAGCUGCUGAAAAGCUAAAUCAGAAAGCGGCUCAAGAAAUUCUCCAUCUCAGAAACAAGGGAAAUGAUAUCUGGAAGUUAGAUUUGCAUGGACUGCAUGCAUCUGAAGCUGUAGAAGCAGUAGAAGCCCAUCUGGAGAGUAUUGAAUCUUCAUUGAUGACCAAGGAUUCAGUGUGUUCUGCCAAAAUAAUUAAUGGGAAGGGUGCACUUAGAGGUCUUUCUGCUGAAUGCGCUAAAUCCUCAGACAAGGGAGCAGCCCCAGAAAAGAUAAGGCUGCAAGUUCGGUCAUCUCGUCCUCAGAGGCAAACCAUGUUAGAAGUUAUAACUGGAACUGGUAAGCAUAGUAGAGGAAAUGCUGCACUGCCUGCUGCAAUUAGGAGCUUCCUUCUGACUAACGGGGCUCGUCAAAUUGAUUGUGGCAUUGUGCCAUGGAUGUUGUCCUCCUCUCUUUGUCAGAUAUCAUUUCUAUGAUGCAAGACCCGGAGUGAUCGCGGUGAGGCCCAAAUUCCGGCACAAAUGAGAUUAUACAUGGUGAAAAUGGAAGACGUUAGCUGCAUGGUGUUGCCCUUUUUUGCAACACUCGUUACGAGUAGUGUUCAUGUAAUCAGAAAACCAAAGGGUGGUUGUAGGAGGUGGAUGAAUCAGCCGAUCACCUCCGUGUCUCUAGAUAACAUUAUCUUUGAUUCGUUGUAUCUUUAUUGCUUGUAAAUAACUAAUUUAUUAUGAUUUUCC